AUGAGCGGUGACCGCGCUGACAUUCUGAAUGAUGAGACAAAGAUCUAUUAUUCUCACGAGCUACUUGUCGAGUACACGACGACGCAUAUCGAAGAAAGUAUUCGAGUCCAUCAAGUGAAGCACCUCAACGUAUCAACAAAUUCCGCUUUUCAACGAGUACCAAGAGAGUUCGCUUGGAUAGGUGCAACCGGCAAAUGGCUCAACACUGUCUGCGAAGCAGACAUCGUGCGACUACAGGAUCUGGACUCUUCCAGUGAUGAUUGUCUUUUUUAUGAKAGACCUAUUACUCCGCGAGUGGAUACCGAACGCAUUAAGCAGUGGCUUAGCACAUGUGAUAACAAUCACCCUCGAUGUGGUACCCCACCCAGGGCGGUUGGUUCGCAUUUAUGGAUGGUCAAUGUCCAGUUAGGAGUGUUGGAGACCGCGCCGACUGAAUGCUGCUACGCAGCUCUCAGCUUCUGCCACGGGGCUAAUUACCGUUUCUUUUUUGAUGAGGGAAAUGCUUUUAGAUUGCGGAGCAAUGGGUUUCUAUCAGGAACGAACCUUGAAGUUCCUCAGACCAUCAGAGACGCAAUUAGUGUGACUAAAGCGUUGGGGCUCGAGUAUCUCUGGGUAGAUACUUUAUGUGUAUAUCGAGGGGCUUCCACGGCCACGAAUGAAAACAGAUUGAAACAGAAGCCACACGCUGAGGUUUACAGUAACAGUUACGUUACUCUGGUGGCCACUGGAGAGAAUGCGGAAUGCGGUCUAUUCGGUGUAAACUCUCCAGGACGGAAACCUCAGGUUCGGGAGAAUUAUAAUGGAUUGACGCUGGCCGCUGCAAAGAAGUCGUUUCAUGAUAGCAUGCACGAAUGCCCGUGGAGCUUUCGGCGGUGGACGUUUGAAGAAGCCAUUAAACCACGGAGAAUUCUCAUCUUCUCAGAAGAACAGGUCUUCUUUCGAUGCCAGCAAAGUCUCUGGGCCGAGGCCACUUGGUUGGAGGGGUACAACGGUGACUUUAUUAAGAACGUACAACAACGACCAGUACACAGUCUAUACUGGCUGAGGGACUAUUACGAGCCAGCACAGGGAGAUUCUUUUGCGGCCUAUGUGGAGGCGGUGAAUAGCUAUUCGAAGCGCGAAUCCUUCCAAGCUGCCGAUAAUCUGAAAGCCUUUCGGUCGUUUUCGUCUUCCCCUCAUAUCAUAAACCAUCAUGAACAAUUAAUCUACGGCCUCCCGCACGAUAGGUUCGCAGAAGCACUAUGCUUUGAAGUUUAUGAGGGCAUGAGACCCGUGCUGGAGCGGCAAGGGGUCCCCAGCUGGAGUUGGCUUGCCUGGAAAGCAUCGGAAGAUGUGUAUCCUUCCCUCCCGGACACUUUCUUCGCACUUACAUUCUACCGGCUAGUGGCAGAUAACGAAAAUAAAGCAGGGCCAUUGAGAUGGUGCCCUAUCGACCGAACUGGGGGGGACAAUUCUAAGGCAUUCCGACGUCCUUCAGCUGGAGAGGAGAUCAACACCGCGAUAGCGGCAUUCCGAGCUCCCACAGUCAUGCUAGAGUUCCUGCGGAGAGGCGACGAUUUUCCAGGCACUGCCAUUCUGACUGUCCCAGUUUCCCCUUCGUCGAAUGCUUCAUGGGCGCCUGAACUGUCGAAAGGCAAACUGAAGCUUGGUGUCACGCUAUCAUCAGAUUAUGAAGCAAGCCCUGGCAGACAAAUAAAGGCUCUCUUCGUGAUGGUGGACGGAAACUUAGACGUAGAGCCAACUUUCAGGCUACUACUGAUUGAAGAAAAGACCCCUGGAGCCUUUCGACGUGUGGGUAUAUGUGACGUGACUGAGACGGAAUGGGUGGAGGCCGGAUUAGGAGACCAUCUGUCCUAUGAGGAUAUAUUUAUCUAUUAA